ACAAGCGCAUGAUAAGCAAGCACAAAGCAGGCAAGCACAAAGUAGACAAGUGAAUAGCAGACAAGAACAAAGUAAGCAAGCGAAUAGUAGGCAAGCACAAGGUGGACAAGCACAUAGUGGGCAAGCAUAUA